UCACAGUAUUUGUUUAGUAGUUGCUUAGUAACAGAUUAUAUUGUGUCGUAGCAUAAAGCGCACUGCAGACUUCAUGCACACAAAAUGAACAAACUGCGUGAAAGGCUUUGAGGCAAGGGUAUGAAGUCGGGUUAUAAAAUCGAAGCUCCAAAGAAACACAGCCAAGGAAAGGUGUUUCGUGCCAUCACGGAUGUCUACCGAGAUGGAGUGAAACCGACUUCACACCAAGAGAGCCUUGCCACUCCGGUGGAGAGGGCUGAGAGGCUGCUGAAGGGUAGAGCUGAAGGGGGAGACAAGCAGGCCCUUUUCCUGCUGGGACAGCUGUACUAUUAUGAGGGGCGCUAUGAGGAGGCAGAGAGAGUCUUUGACGGCAUUAAGGACAGCGACCCCAGAGCCCUCUUCCAGGCAGCUGUCAUGUAUUAUGAUGGCCUGGGCACUGCUAUGGAUCAACCAAGGGCAGUGGACUACAUGAGGAGAGUAGUCCAGUGGAACAGCCCAGAGGCAGGCUCCAUCAGAUAUACGGCUCUGUAUCACAUCGGCAUAGCCUACCUGGAGGGCUAUGGGGUCCAGCAAUCCAAUACAGAAGCAGAAAGUUACUGGCUCCUUGCUGCUGAUGAGGGAAACCCCAAAGCCUGUGUAAAAGCUCAGAGUUCUCUGGGUAUGUUCUACUCUAGACCGGAGACACAGGACCUCAAAAGGGCGUUCUUCUGGCACUCAGAGGCCUGCGGCAACGGCAGUCUGGAGUCCCAGGGCGCACUGGGGAUCAUGUACUUGUAUGGUCAGGGCAUCCAGCAGGACCCCAAGGCUGCCAUUGAGUGCCUGAAGGAAGCAGCUGAGCGGGGGAAUGUGUAUGCCCAGGCCCACCUGGCUGCCUACUACUACCACAGGAAGCUCUACUCCAGAGCAGCAGCCCUUGCCAAAAGGAUUACCAAUUACGAUGACAUUGCUGCCAUCUCCAUGGUCACCGACUGCCUGCCUGAAUACGUCAUUAAGGGCGUGGCCAUUGCUCUAUUCUACUACGCCCGCUGUCUGGAACUGGGAAAGGGGGUUCCUCAGAGCAAGGAGAAGGCCUGGCAAUACUUCACCAAGGCUGCUCGGCUAAACCCAGAAGUGUGCCAGGACCUCCAGAGGGACAUCAUCUUUAGCAGAAUGUAGAGAUCUACCAUCAUGACCUUAGUUAGGGAGUCCAGAUAGCAGUCUCCUCUGUUGCUUUGAGGUUACCUGAGUAAAUAACAUCAGAGCUGAA